UUAUGGGAACUUGUGGAGGAAAGAAAACAUCAAAAACUAAAACUAUGACUAAAGUAAGUUAACUUUUACUAAAAAGAUGAAAGAAAAAGGUGCCAAUUAGAAUGAUGGAAAUCAAAAUUAAGAAUAGAAUUAAAUUACAAAAAGAAAUGACCAAGAGGGAGAUAUUACAUAAUAAGUUUAGCAAGCUUCCGGCAAGCAAGAGACCACUAAAUAUCAAAAUGAGGAUUAAGCGUCCUAAAUUAAUCAAGGGAAAGAUAAUGAAUAGGGGAAUUUUACAAAGUUAAGCGAAGUUCUGCCGAACACUGUAAUACAACCUACUGCUACUAAUAUAAUUUAAUUUACAAAAAAGAAAGUUUAAGAUGAUGAUUCUGCCAAGCAUCAUUUGGAAGUAUGAGAUUUUUUUUAAUUAGUGCAUUAAAAAUAAAAGUGAAGUAGGGUAGCAAAUAUUAAAAAUAGGAGUGCCUGUCAAAUAUGAAAAUAAAUAUAAAGUUGAAAUUGAGGGUUCAUAUUUUUAUUAAUAAAAUAAAUGAUAAAAUCGAGAUUUUUUUUUUCAUACUAAACCAAAGGUGUCUUUAGAAGAAAAAAUUAAAAUAUUAGAAGAGAGGAUUUCGUUGUCAAAGUGGCAGAUGAGGAUGUUCAUUCAAAAAGAUUGGCUUCAGCAUUAAAUAUUGAUGAAAAUCAAAGUGAAUCAAGUUAUCCCUCAGCAUAAUCCAAUUUCUUCUUCAGAGAAUCCAACUUACAGAAAUUAGAUCUAUCCGAUUUAUAUCGUAUCGAUUUUGACAAUAAUGAUAAAAUUUCUAUUGUCCCCACGUUGAUUGAACCCUUAGAAAAUAUCGUUAAAAACCCAGGAAUUUAUCCCAUCUCUGAAUUCAAAAAUCACCACAAUUAUAAUUACUUAAAACAAAUAUAGAGAGAUGCCCAAAUGAAUAAGUUUGAUGUUUAUGUUCCCCCCUCUAAAGAUGUAACACUUUAAUAAUUUGCCAAAGCCUUGAACCUCAGAUAUUGGUACCAUACAUUUUAUCUAUAUUAGUGUUUCAACAAGUACAUUUUCCAAUGUGCUCAGCUAGAUCUUCUACUUACUUAGUGGCUUCCAUGGUCCUGAUUUCAGCAGUAUUUUCGAAUAGUUCCCUGAUGAACCAAGAAAGUUUAUGAUCUCCCAAAGAAAACCAACUUCUGCAUUAUUACAUAAGGUUGAUGAAAACAUGUAUGCCUUGGAUGGGGAUCCUGGAAUCUUUGAAGAAGAACUAAUCGAACUCUUAAUGACUGGCAAAAUUGUGGAGAGACAAUUAACCUAAGAUAAAGAGGAAUUCGAAAAUAGAUAUAUUAAAUUAGAUCCCAGUAUGCCACUUGUAGAUGACUUCCAUAGAUUUAUGGAGUUGAAUAAUGAAAUGUGUUUGAGAUCCUAAAUUGAUUGCAGGAAUCGAUCUGAAAAUCCAAUUGUUUUUGAAAUCAAGGCCAGAGGAGCAUGUCCUAUAAGAUACGAUUAUCCAAAUUACAGAGAUUAUUUGGAUUAUGAAAUCAACCAAUAUAAAGGAUUGUUUUAAUCCUUUGAAAGGGAAUAUUAUGAUUUGAUUAGAGGAGCAUUCUUAAAAUGGGCAAUCCAAUUAAAAAUAGGUAGAAUGGAUGGAGCCUUUGUAGCAUAUCAUAACCUAUUAGAAAUACAAGGAUUUGAAUAUAUAAAAUCCUCAGAAAUAUACAAAAGGGUAUUUGGAACUGAAGAAUUCAGUGAUCUGAGUUUAUUAGUUGGAUCAAGAAUUGCCACUAAGAUAUUCGAUGAGAUCAUAGCAGAUAUCAACGAAGAUUUUGAAACUCUAAAAAUAGGUCUCUAUUCCCAAAGCUUCACAAAAAAAUUAAUUCUGUUUGUCGAAAUUAUUAAAGAUAAAACAGAGUUCUAAAAAGUAUUUAAGUAAGAAAAUUUGAAAGACGAAUAUGACUAUUAUACUAAGCAUCCUUUAAAAAACAAAGUACUUAAAUAUGAAUUCUUACUUAAACCAGAAAUCAAUGGAAUUGAAUAUUGUUAUCCAACUAUUUUUAGAAAAAAUGAUUUGAUUUCCAUCAAAUACAAAUUAAGAAGUUUGGGAUAAGCUGAUUUUGGAGACUAUAUGAACUUUCUUCACGAUUGUUAUAAACACGAAGAAAUUAAUAUAGAAAUCAAUUAUUCUGGAGCUUGGCAGAAAUCGAUGUGAAUAAUUAUAAUAAUCUCA